ACCUAGCACCAAAAAGGGUUCCCCUAUGGGGACAAACCUGAAGAACCCUAUAUGGUUCUAUUUAGCACCUUUUUUUCUAAGCAUGUUGUGAAGCGGAAUGUAAAAAAAUGGCUCAACUUACCCCACUCUCCCCUAUUAAGUCUCAAGGAGACCCACUGUGUUGUAGCCACACCAGGAAGAACAGAGAAAGGGGGAAAACCCUCUGGGCUCACAUACAACAAGCUUUCUAGCCAAAACUCUGCAUGGGGCUACAAUGAGGAAGUGAAAUGACUGCAUUUGUCUUUUGCUUCCUUGCUGGCAAUGGUCUGAGUAAAGUCUCAGGAGACUUCCUCAUAUGAAUAAAAACAGUACACACAGGUUCUGUCUCUCAACGUGACCGAGGUGGCUCUCUCCUUCACACAGCAACAGGCUCGCUACCAGACAAACAGGCUGAUGCUUCUUCUAACCACCACAACAAACCAGAGAAUGCCUCACCUCAACCCUUGCCUCUUCUGCACCUGUCAAAUCUUCCAAAACUGACACUGUUGCUGUGGAAACCAUGAUGAAAUGAUAGAAAAGGGAGGCGAGGAGGAUUCCCCGACAGACAGAGCCCUGCCAGGAGCCUGGAAGGAGGACACCUAGACUACUUAGAGACACUGACAGAACUGAGGGAGGAAGCCUAACUGAGCUGAGGACCAGCAGCAUGGACCAGCAGCAUGGAAAAGUGGAGCGCUUCCUCAAGCUGGGCUACUCCCACAGUGACAUUGUGCGCGUGUUGGAGAGCCUGCGCCAUGACGCCCAGACCAACGACAUACUGGAGGAGCUGAUCAAGACCUGCCAGACCCCCACUACCACCACCCCAUCCAUACUAGCCAGCCGCUCAGCCUACUCCAGCCCACAGCUGAUCCCCCGAGGCUGCAGCUCUCCCCAGCCCAGCCAGCCCCUGCGGCCCAGCUCAGCUACAGACAGGGAUCCCACUGGGGGAUUCAGACCAGUGGUCAUUGAUGGGAGCAAUGUGGCCAUGAGCCAUGGCAACAAGCAAGUGUUUUCAUGCCGGGGGCUGCUGCUGGCAGUCAGGUGGUUUCUGGAGAGGGGUCUUCGUGACAUCACUGUGUUCGUGCCUCUGUGGAGGAAGGAGCAGCCCAGUCCCGAGGCCCCCAUGACAGAUCAGCACAUCCUCCAUGAGCUGGAGAAGAGGACGAUCCUGGUGUACACCCCGUCACGCUGCGUCAACGGGAAGAGAGUGGUGUGUUACGACGACCGCUACAUCGUCAAGCUGGCCUACGAGUCCGACGGCAUCGUUGUGUCCAAUGACAACUACAGAGACCUGCAGAUAGAGAGGCCAGAGUGGAAGACGUUCAUAGAGAAAAGGCUGUUGAUGUACAGCUUCGCCAAUGACAAGUUCAUGCCUCCAGAUGAUCCUCUGGGAAGGAAUGGCCCAACGAUUGACAACUUUCUGAUGAAAAAGCAGUGGACCCCAGAAAACAAGCAGCAGCAUUGCCCGUAUGGAAAGAAGUGUACUUACGGAGUGAAGUGCAAGUUCUACCACCCAGAGCGCUCCAACCAAUCACAGCUGUCUGUGGCAGAUGAGCUGAGAGCCAAGAGCAAACCUACUGCUCAAACAGACAGGGAACGGUCAUUUCUCCCCUCAGGCCCCAGCCCUGCUCUGAUCCAGGAAGUCAGCCAGGAGGCCCACACUUACACAUCCCCUUAUGAGCUGGAUCUAACUACAACUCAUCUAUACAAAUAUCUAUCCACACCGCCUCCCCUUAUAAAAGAAGAGCAUUCCCAUUCCCAUAGGGCUUCGCCUAGCGAUCAGUUCACCAGCCAGAGAAAAACAGGCAGCCCAGUUCUACACCACAGGUCCAGCCUCCGCCUCUGCCCCAGCCCAGACACUGACGAGGCCUUCAGCUCCCUGGAAGCCUCCCUGUCCAGACUCUAUGUCCAGGACCAGACCAACAACACCAAGGGCCCAGUGGUGUCCUACACCUACAGCAGUGGGGUGGCCAACUGCAGCCAGCACAGUGGGGACUUCUACCCUUCCAGCACUUCCAGUAGCCACAGCCACGCCAGCAACCAACAGAGGCUCAGCCUGGGUGGACCCUCCUCAGCCUGGGAUGCCCCGCAAAAACUGCCACAGUGUGGCUGUGACGACUCACAAAGCUUUGAGUGCAGCCCGUGCAUGUACAGACACCAACAUCUCCAGUCACAGCUAGGAGAGUGCUCCUAUGCUGUUCACAGUAACCAUAUCCAUUUCACAGAGCAGCAGUACUUCCAGAGUCCUCCCCCACAAAGGCAGAGUAACAGCCUCCCAGAACACAGCCCGGCACAGGGCCUCUCUGGCGAGAGAGUGGGGAUGACCAGGUCCAAUGGAGGUAAAGCUCCAGAGAGUGAGCAGAGGAGGAGUGUGAAGAACCAGCUCAGCACCCUCUUCCCCCACAGCAUGGUAGACUAUGUGAUGAGUGUGUACCCACACACCCUCAAUAUGUCAGAGCUGGUGCCUCUGAUUCAGAGGUUCCGAAUCAGCCACAUUCCUUUCUAACAUGCAAGACCUGUGAUCAUUUCUCUGUAAGCAUUAAACACAGUAGUCUUCAGCAGACUAGAGGAAAGCCUGAAAUGUAGCAAUCUGAGCUGAAUGUGUUAUGUCAAGUGCAAUGCACUACUGUCUCCUGAAUGAUGCUAGUUCAUUUUGAAUCUAGCAUUGACUUAAAUAUAUUAAAAGCAGCAUGUGUUGUUUUAUCAUGUAGCCUCAAACUGAGGGAAGCUAUAAGACAAAAUGGAUGUUGACCUGUAUGGUAUGCAGAAUAAUGCUGUCCUUGUUAUGUUUCUAAUCCAUAUUAAACAUAAGUCAUUGGCAAUUGUCUGAUUAUCCAUCUCAUUUACACACUGCCAAGCUCCCUGCACUUUAUCGUACCAACUAUCUUAGGUCUCUACUGCCAUCUAUUGGAGUGAGGAGAAAUGAUCCAAAGACAAUUGUCAUCACGUCACCACAAGCCAACAACCAAUGGAAUGGAAUCAACAUGUAGAAUAUCCAAUAAGAAAUCCAGAAUAGAUUUUUUUUACAAUUUUUUUUUUACAAAUAACUUCCCAGCUAAAAUCAAAAACACUUUAGAUAUCCAAAUGAUUUUAUUUUGUUUUAUUAAUAAAACAAGUAUGAACUGACUCUUCACAACGAGCUUUGCAGAUAAAGAUGAAAACUGGGUUUCUUUGAGGGUUUUAGAGGGGGAAAAAACAUGACAUAAGUGCUUAAGAGAGACAACAAAGAAUUUAGCUUCUACCUAAUUGUUUUUUUAACAAUAUACUAAGCUUUGGUAAAAAAAAAAAAA